AUAACAUGCUCAAAGAGCCUAUAACACAGGUUUCACAGUAAUAUUUAUUCAAUAAAUGUACAUGCAUAUUUACAUUGAAUCGAUACAAAUUUGCUGUUACCUAAAAAUAAUCAUUGUAUGUGGUUUCUUGAUUAAACAAUAAGUAAAGUGGUAUAAACUGCAUAGUCUUGUUAUCUUGUUCAAAAUACGUCCGCCCUGAUAUUCAUACCACGUGAAUACCAUGAAUACAGUAAGGCUUGGAUUUUUAUGUACAUGUACAUGUAAAAUUAUAAAAAAAAUAAAAUUGAAAAUCAGCUCAAUAUUUCAGGGUGAUUGAUUCAAAGUUCAAACAAACAGAAAUCAACAGGGGAUUUUAGAAUGCAAUCUGAAUUCUUGGGCUUAAUACAGUAUUUAAAGAACCAAAAGCAUGGCUGCUGAAAUUAAUUUGCGAAGUUUUCAACAAUUAUUUGGACAUGAUAAAAAGGAUUUAGAUUGUGUCAUUAAUGCGAUAAAAGAUUUUAAUGAUAAUAAAGGCAAUUUGCUAAGAAUAACAUGUGAACUAAGAAGCAUGGGUAUAAUAAGCAAGGAAAAUUAUAGGAAUUUGAUUGAGUUGCAUCGUGGAGACAGGGACAUGUUAUUACCCGAGUAUAUUUUAAGAUUAUGGGUAAUGAUUCCUUUUGAAGACCUGUGUUUUAUUCUAGAUAGAGAGGGACUGAAUACAGUCGUUUUAAAGCUGCAGGAGGCGAGAUUUACACGUAUGUACAGAAAACCUCAAAAAAGAGAACUUCUUUUUGUAAAAUUCAUUCAUAAAUAUUACACAAAUCUAAAAAGCCAAAUAGAUAACAACUGUUUCAUUGGUGGCAAACAGGGUAUCAGAAUUAUUCUAAGAGCACUUCUUGCUAAAUGGGAUGACACCGUGGCAUCAAGUCAAAGCACAGAAAACGAUCGGCAGUUAGCAAUGGAGAAAAAAGCUGUAGGUCUUGUCUUACUUAUGCAGCAGUAUAAAAAUCCAGAGAAACGAGAGAUUAUUCUUACACAAGCACUAAAAACAGAGACAAAUGGAUGCGAUAACAUGUCCCUUCAAAUAGUUUGCCAUUCAAAAUUGGCGUGUACAGAAGCGUUCAGAGGAAACAAUGCUGCUGCUAAAGAACAUAUUACACACGCACAAGCUCUUUGUGAAAACAUUUCACCAUGCUUUGCUGUGAUAUCUGCUUUUCAUGACUUUUUAUUUGUGCAAAGAUUAUUCUUCUCAAACAAACAGUCAAACGACAAAUCUGAAACUGUUAUGACAGGAAGUGAAAAUGCUCUUUUAUGUAUGUUUGAGGAGCAAGAAGAAGUGCAAAUUAUGUGGAAAAGAAUAAUAUUGCAAUUCAUGGUAAUGUCUUUACUGAAUAUAAAAUUGGACUUUGAAGUUCAGAGAAAUGAAAUCACAAAAGAAAACGUAACAAAAGCUAAUGAACUACUUCAUGAAAUUGAUAAAAGCAGCCAAAAUAUUGAAAAGAGACGUCAAAUGAUAAAGAGUCUGUGUUAUGGGGUAGUUUGUGAGAUGCAAGGCGAUCUGGACAGCGCUCUAGUCUAUGUUGAUGAAGCACUAGACACAGCAAAGGACGGAGGCUGUUUCCAUAGCAAUGAGCUGCACAAUAUUGAAGAAUAUCAUGAUUAUCUUUCAGCUCAGACAUCUAGAAAAUCUCUGUUAUAUGAAAGAUCACAAAAGUAAUCAACUGAAACUGAUAUUGGCCUUUUAAAUAUGAUACUAGUAUGAUUGAACAAAUGAUGCUCUUUUAGUCAAUUGGAGGAUUCAGAUGGAACUUAUUAUAGUUUACGUCUUUCCAAACUUCAUUUCAAAAAACAGACAGUCAAAUGGAACUUAUAAGAGACAUAAGGAGCUAAUGAUGGUCUUAUUGGAGUUAAUGAUUUUUGUGAGGUUCUAUAGAAAUUAUGUACCAUAGGUUAUCUUUAUUUUAUGCUUUUGAGUGGAUUACUGAUUUUUCCAUGAAAAUUAUAUUUGAUAAUUUCGCAGUGAAAAAUUAUCAAAAUAUAAUUUCACACUUUUCAAUGAAGAGGUUACUUUUUUAAGAUUUUCCCCAUGUGGUAGGUACCUCAAUUUCAUUUUUGCUUUGAAGUGGCUUCUAGAAUGUUUACUCAUCUGUCGACAAUUAUUGAGACUAUUGUCUUAACAAUCCUCAAAUAAGUUUUCUUUUAUAUGAGUGUAUGUAGAAUUAACAAAUCCAAAUGAAAUCCCUCUGAAUCAAUUUCCUCCUUAACACAACUUUAAAAAUUGCGGUCGCAUACAUUUCAAAGGCCAAUCUAAUAUAAACUUCUGCGGAAAUAGACAGAAAAAGCUUGGCUUGGUGUAACUUUUUCUUCUCUUAGAAAUGUUUGUUUUAAUUAUUAAAACAAGCAAUCAUUCAUUUUUUUUACAAAAAAUAUCAUCACCAUUUAACGUUGAUUUUUGGACUCAGUUGAUAUUGAGGAAAUUUCAUUUAAACUUGUUUUUAAGCAUAACAGAAAAAGAAAAAUUUGUUUGUAUUUUUGUGUAAGAUGUAUUUUUUCCAUACUACACCACUCACGAGAAUACUGUUUUUAAAGCUCACUUUAAAAAAAAAAUCAUUAUAUAUUAUUUAGAACUAUCAUUGUCACCAAAGUAGUUAAUGAGGACCAUAAAAGUACAGCUGAAAUGUAACAAGACCAAGUAUGUAAAUGACAUCAAUAGAACUGAUAAAAUGCUAUGUCAAAAGUAAGUUGUUCAGCUUUUUGUGUAUUUGAUACUACUAUGUGUAAUAAUACAUUUAUAUGUACAUGUAUUUUCUUAGUAUGUAAUUUGGAAACUUAUUAUAUAUUUUUUUUAAGCUAAGUUGAUUUUUCUCUGGAAAAAAACCCAAAACAACAGUUAAAGAGUCAUGCUUUUAAAUAUUUAGUUUAUUCAUAUCCAAAUAUUAGUUAUAUCAUAUUUAAUUACUCACUCCAUAUAUACAUGUAGUGAUUAAACUGUACAAUGUAAAUAUUAAACAUUAACAGACUUGACUACAUACUUCCUGUUAAACAGACAUGUAUUAUUGCACUUCCUGUUAAACAGAUCAGUUUUAUGUUAAAAGUAAUCUUAUCUCUCCUUUACUGAGAAAAAUGUAAAUUUGUUUGUUAACGUUGCAGACACAUCAAACAUUUUCUUAAGAUUAAAGGCACUGGACCGUUUUCAUGAGAAUUUAUUUUCAGGGGCUAAGGGAUUACAGAUAAAAACCAACUUUUAACACUAAUAAAAUAUGUUUUAUUACUUUUCAUUAUUAAAAGUAUAAUACAAUAAUUUCAGGUAAUUAAACCAAUUGUACAUGGUACAAUGUUGUCACUUUUUAAACUAUUGUUUAAAUGUUAUUGCAUUUUAAAAUUGCAUACAUACAUGUAC